CAGGAACUCUGAAGGGAAGUGCUACUCCUCUCAAAAUAUUGACUUAUAAUCAACGAAGAGGGAUUAAUAUCAGUCUUUGCUUGCACGCUAGAAGUUAUUUCGUGUUGGUGUUUAAGCGACAGGCAGCUUCAUGUUAAACACCGAUUUCAGGGCUUAAAAAUUGCCCCCCUUAGUCGAAGUGUAUACCAACAAUGUCGCUCUACACCAACAUUUCAGCAACUCUCUUAGUGAUGUCGAUUCUUUUCGCUUCCUCGCGGUCAGGAUCAUUUAGGAAUAGAACGAAAAUUUCAGAAAAGGAAGCCCUGCCAACCUCGUCAACCCCAACACAUGUAAACAAUGGAACUACAAACACCAGACCAAGCUUACAAAGUACAACAUCAACUUUACCACAGUCUACUCAAAAAACAAAAAAACCAAACAAUUUUACAACAGUAUCUCCUACAGAGGGAACUUCCAAACCAUUAAGAACAGCAGUAACUGCACCGGUAUCGAGGGAAUCAGUCACGAAUAGUACCAGUCCUCGUGAGAAAAGCGCGCAAAGAGUUGAAAAGCGUAGUACAGUACUGGUCGUGACCAUUGUGUUACCGUUUUGUCUGUUAAUGGUCGGAAUUGUUGUAGCUGUGUUUUUUGUUCGCUGGAAAAGAAUUAAGAAGAUGAAACAAGGAUUUCAGGAGGAAAUGGCUGUCAUUUGUCUACAUGACGAACUGGCUUCAGAGGCGCUGUAUUCUUCAUGGAAGCCUUUCAUGGACGGCAAUGACAACAACAAAGUCAAACUAGUCAUUGAAACCCAGCCUAGUAAUGUGUCACCCACGGCGACAAACUCUUGAUGAUCAUUUGUCUACCGGCUUCUCUCAUUCUUUUGUUUCCCGUCAUCUCAAAAGACCUGGAAUGCAGCCUGGAGAUACGGCUUUCAUCUUGUAUUUGUAGAAUGACUCAGCGUGUUCUGUUGAUCAUACGCGAAUAUGAUUGGUUCUCGUAUGUCAAUUCUUGAUUUGUUUACCUUAAAAAAUACUUUAUUAUAUAUGGUUUAGACUUCAAUCCUUUAGAGUGUCUACUUAAACAAUGAGACUCCUCGCCAGAACUUUCUAUGAGCAAUAGUUAACUCGCCUGCGCCUCAUUGAUUUCAUCAGGAACCCAUGACCCAUGGGCUCCUGUCCUCGUAGAAUCUCGAGCUUGUGUUGUCUAAUUACUUAAUACACUGUGCAAUAUAAUGUACAAUUACUCACUUCUGUUUUUGUUGUACUUCUCAUUGGCAAAAGAUAACGUUUGAAAAGCCGAUUUUUUUUACACCGUAUAAAGAUUUUCAGUUCAAUUAAUCGGACAACAUUAAGGCGGUGCAAUCUCGUUUCAAAAAACAUUCUCUGCUAAACCGUCUGUACUUUAACGUUUAUUCGCUUUAAAGUUCCACUUCUUUCUCAAGAAAUCCGAGUACACUCUAAACACAUAUAAAACAAAGUAUUCACCAACUGCAAUCGAAAACAAGGUUUUCGUUCAAUAGAGUACACAUAAACAGCAUCCACUUGUCUAAUAAAUUAAGCGUUGUUUUCAAAUUAUCGUUGCUUUAACACCGGCAAAGUGGUUGUAUUGUUAAUCGACGUGUUAGAAAUAGUCUCUGUUUAAUCAAAAGAUUUCACUAGCUUCCUGUUGGUAACAGUUAUUUCGAAGCAGAUUUACUGUAACCCUUUUCACUAUAAAUGGUUCUCUAACUUUUCACCAGUUAUUCUAGAGAAUACAGUAGCAAUCUGAAUCGUUUCAGAUUGCUUUAAGUCAAUUAAUCAGAUUUACAUAAGAAAAAGUAAUUUCUGCAAUAAAUUGUCGUUUUCUUUACGGAAUUCUCUGAGUACAAAGUGUUAUUGGUAUCGUAUAAUACAGUUUCUUACAAAAGUCAAGAGAGUCAACGCUGAUCCUACAUAUAUUAACAAGGCUUUUAGAGUAGCGCUGUUUCUCUCCUUUAACUCUUUGUGUGCCCUUGCAAACUUUCAUCGAUGAACUGACGACGGAAAGCUUCGACUGAUUGACAAGCAAGCGUGGGUGCGACUUUUUACAGCAAAAAACGGCGACAGACGCUCAACAACAUCAAUAGAUCAUGAAUUUAUCAAGGACGGAAAAUUGCGCGAGCGUAAGUGGUAUUAAAUCAGGGCACGUACAAAAGAAAUAUGCUCUGAACUAAAAACAAUUAAGCUUGCUGAUCAUACACUAGUUCGAUUCCGUUCUCGCUCGAGUAACUUUUCCUGUUUCGGUGCCAGUAGAUUCAUCUGUUGUGUGGAAUGUUGUUUAAGGUUGUGCAGCAGACUGAAUUGUUUAAUAAAUGCAUGUUUUAAUAU